UCCAGCUGCAACCCGCCCCAACCGGGAAUCGAACCAUGACCUCCUGGUUCAUAGGUCCACUCUCAACCACUGAUCUGCAUUUUAUCUGACGCCCCAGUGAUUCCCACGCAUAUUGGUCUGUUUGAGAACUCGGGCUCCACGUUCAGGUCCCGCCAGCCUCACAGGGCUGGCAGAGACCAUGGGGGUGGACGGGUCGCUGCGCCCCCUCGCGGCCACCGGAGCCAGUGGACGAACCCUGCAUACCCGGUCCAGGAGAGACGGGCGUGGGCAACGCCGGGAGCUCGGAGCUCGGAGUCUUACGUGGGAGGAGGAAGGUCGCCCGUGCCGGAUGUCCAGAAGUGGGAGCGCCUGGAACGCCCCCGCCUGGCCUACGGAGCACCGCACCCUGCGCCCGUCACCCCCGUGCACGCGCCCGCGACUCGGGUGCGCAGGCGCCUAGAGGCCGCGCAGCCGCCAUUGCUCCCCCGCCAGCGAAGCGGCCGGUUGGAAGCCUGCGGGAGCAGAAAGAAGCACCCACCCUGGAGCCAUGGUCCACGCUUUCCUCAUCCACACCUUGAGGGCCCCACAGGCAGAGGAGGGCCUUUGCCGAGUGCUCUACUCCUGUGUCUUCGGUGCCGAGAAUUCACCUGAUGACCCACGACCACACGGUGCUGAGAGGGACAGGCUCCUCUGCAAGGAGCAGAUUUUGGCUGUGGCCAGGCAGGUGGAGUCCAUGUGCCGGCUGCAGCAGCAGGCGUCCGGCAGGCCUCCCACGGAUCUGCAGCCUCAGCCCUCAGAUGAGCCGAUGCCCCUGCACGAGGCCCCACGGGGGGCCUUCCGCCUGGCGGCAGGGGACCCUUUCCGGGAGCCUCGGACAGUGGUGUGGCUGGGAGUGCUCUCCUUAGGCUUCGCCCUGGUGCUGGAUGCCCACGAGAACCUGCUGCUGGCAGAGAACACACUUCGGCUGCUGGCACGCCUCCUCCUCGACCACCUCCGGCUGCUGGCCCCUGGCACCAAUCUCCUGCUGCGGGCUGACCGAAUCGAGGGCAUCCUCACCCGCUUCCUGCCCCAUGGUCAGCUGCUCUUCCUCAAUGACCAGUUUGUCCAGAGUCUGGAGAAGGAAUUCAGUGCUGCCUGGCCCCGCUGACCCCUCACUGCGUGGGACUUUGCGAGAGGGCAUUGAAGAAGGACAAGGAUGUUCAGACACACAACCUGGUAAAACUUGGUAUCUACCUCCUACCCAGCCUGCUCCCAGCUCUGGUGUGCUGCCACACCCAGGACAAGUGGAUGGGACAAGCUGGCAGAAAAGGGGCAGGGCAGAAGGUAGAGGUGAAGAAUCACAGAACAGUCUGUGCCUGGAGGUGCCUCAUGACUUAUUCAGACUGGUACCAAGGGCAGCCCCUCUCGUCCUUGACUCCACUUUCUCCCAUUCCCAUCCUCCAGUCCUCUACAGUGCACCAGCUCCGAGUGCUAGGGUGGUGCUGGGGUGGUGAGGAUCAGCUUCCUGGAACUCGGCCCAUGUUCUUUUCCCAAACCCACAGUCAUCACAAUACAAAAGGAGUCUGCGACUCAGCUCCACCACAGUUCACAAAUAUGUCAGUCAUUCAGGGGGAUUCUCUAGGUCCUUUUGGGCUCAGUCUGUGCUUGCCAAGCAGCCUCAAGAUAAUCAUGUGCUUCCCUCAUCCGCAGGGAGAGAAGGUGCCAUCGGGUGGGUGUAAGAAAUCUGGCCUGGAUGAUGUUAUCUUUCUCAUUUUGAAUGAAAAGCACCAACUAUAUGAUUUUGUCACUGACCCCGUAGGACAGGGACCCAAGAUCGUGAUGGUUCUGCUUAGUGUUGCUCACGCCAAUAAAAUGAAACUGUUCUGUAAAGUAGAUCAGAGAAUUUAUUCUUUGGCCAAGGAAUUGAGAAGGAUGAGUUGUGCUUAACAGAUCCCUUCUCCCCAAUUCUGGAGAGUUAGAAAAGUAUUUUUUUAAAUUAUUUUUAUUUUUACCAUCACCAUUAAUCUCCUCUAUGCCCUCUUCCACCUCUGUUCCCUCCCUCCCCUAGGAAAGUCUUAAAGGCUUUCGUGGGGGAGUAGUUAGGCAGGUUCAGGGACAGAGAUUCCCAAGGAGGGGUGGAGGGUUCUGGGCUUGCCAAGGGAGCAUGCACAGUUCCCAAACAUGCUUGGAACAGGCCUAGCCAUACAUUUCAUGUAUCAUUUUAAUGUUAAGUCUCCAUCCCUGGGCAUGAAGGAAAGUUUGUCAAAGGUUACAUGGGAAGGGGUUUCAGAUGCCAUCUUGGAUUUUUCCGGUGCUUACCAGUGUUUUUUUUAAUCUUCACCCAAGGAUAUGCUUUUAUUGAUUGAUUGAGAGAGAGAGAGAGAGAGAGAGAGAAACAUCAAUGUGGUGUAUGGGACGACGCUCAAACCAACUGAGCCAUCUGGCCAAGGCACAAACCGGUUUCUUCGGUUUUUUGUGGUCCUUGGGUUCUUCAUCUGGUUCUAGGCUGCAGGCUUAGCUGUCUUCUCUUGAUGAGUUCAGUUUCCUUGUGUGAGAGGAUAUGUCGGGGAGAAUACAAGAAAGUUAAUGUAAGUUUAAAGAUUAAUAAUGUGGCACAACCCAGUGACAAUUUCACCCUCCAUUUCUGUGAAUUGAAUUAAUGCAUAUCCGUUCCUCUGAGUGUGGCCCUGAGCUGGGUGUCUGAGCCUUCAUGGUUAAGGAUGCCCCCAAGAGGCCUCUCGGGAGGUCUCUACCUCUUGUCUGCCUCAACACCUCUGUCUCCUUAUGUGCCUCCUUUGAGGGUAGCUAUUGAUUGAGGAUUAA